AUGGGUUCAAAAGGCGACGCGAACCGAGACAACAAUCUCGAUGCCACUUAUAGAAUCACUCCUUUUGGAGUGAAUGGGUAUUAUGACUACAGUUAUGAUGUCAACCGCGCAAGUGAUGGCUUCUCAACUCAAUCUGGCUACAUCAACCAGUGCUUUGACAACAGCAGAUAUAGCUCGAAUACGAAUGGCCGUGUUCGAUCCGGAAGAAUUCUCAACUUUUUGAUGAACUACGCCGACAUCCGAAACGACGUCGAGUACGGUUACCAAGAGAUGACCUGCCAAAACGUCGCUGCCCAAUGGAGCAACUGGAGCGCUUGGGGUCGAUGCUCUCAAUCCUGCGCUGGAGGGGUUACCCAACGAACCAGAUCAUGCGUCUCAGGUGGCGUCGUUGCCAACGAUCUCGCCGGCAACGCAGGAUGUGGUUGCCCCGGAAGCGCAACAGAAUCACAGCCCUGUAAUACCUUCUGCUGUCCCGUUUGGCAAAUCUGUACAGCCGAGACCUGUGGCAAUUCUGACUGGACACCGUUGACCGCUGAAAACAGCGCUGAUUUUGGCUUUGGCGCAUGCCCAGACUGUGGCGAUAAAACGCUCGAGUUGACGCGACACUGCAAAUGCCAGGAAGCAGAUGGGCGAUUCCGCUUUGGUGAUUUGACCGUCCCCGCGUUUUCAACCACAUUUGCUCACUUCCAACACGACUGCACUUUGGCCACAGGAGAAACUGUCGAAAACUCAUUCGCCGGAAUCCCUUACAUUGCCAAACAGACCAAGGUUUGCGAUGGCAGCUGCUGCGAGGGAUGGCAACCAUGGGGAGAAUGGGGAGUUUGUGACGAUUCCUGCUUCGAUUCUCAAAACGGCGCUCUCAAUGCAACGGAUUUCCCAAGAUUCCAAUCUCGUCAGCGUACUUGCGGAUGCAACGGGACCGAAGUUGCUACUGAUUUUUCAAACUGCCCAAGUCUUGAUGGCACCCAAUUCCUCCCACUAGAGACCGAGCAACGAGCCUGCGCAUCAACUCCUAAUCCUUGUCCUUACUGGGCUGCAUGGGGUCCAUAUUCUGCCUGCUCCGCUACCUGCCAAUCAGUCCUUUUCGACGCAGCCGCUGCUCCUGGUGCGCAAUGCACUGCAGAUCCCGCUGAUGCCGGCGCUUUGAGAACUCGCGAACGAGGUUGCCUCUUUGGAGAUGUUGGCAGUGCUGGAUGCCCAGAACCUGAUCGAUCGGAAACUAUCGCCUGCCAGCUUGGAGACUGUUGCCAGUACGAUCAGUGGAGUGCUUGGGGUGCGUGCUUGACGGAUGCUGGUGAAUCAUGCACUGCAAACGGACAGCCAGGAAAACAAACUCGACAGCGCAAUACAGUCUGUGGAGACCCGACUGUCUGCGACAACUGCAAUCAUGUCGAAGAGUGUGAACUUCCGAAAUGCCCGGCUUGGGCUGAGUGGGGACACUGGUCCGAGUGCAGCAUGUCCUGUGGACAGGGAACCAAAUCAAGAACUCGAGAUUGCUGCGGCGCUGCUAUUGGAUCAGAUGCGUGCCCGUGCCAUGGAGACUUUGACAUUCCCCAGUGCGAUUUCGGCGGCGACACUUGCACCAAUUACUACAAGACUGGCGCUCAGCUCGCUCUUUGGACUGCUCGAGUCGAUAACAAUCUUCAUGACGCUAACGACCAGGGUUACAUUGAUAUCAUGGAUUGCCAAGUGAAACCUGUUUGUCCUUAUCUUCAAAAGUGGCGAACACCAACGAACUGGUGUGGACUGAAUGGAGCUCAUGCUCAACAACGAGUUUGCGUCUUUGGACAAUUGGGAGUCGACCCAGAAUGCUCUGGCAUGAUUCACGAGGAUCGACCUUGCUCUGGCUUGCCUUGCCCACGAGUAUCUGAGUGGGAAGCCUGGUCCGAUUGCUCUGUCACUUGCGGAAUGGGAGGUGAUCGAUCGCGAGUCCGAACUUGUGAGAAGCCCGCAAAUGUCACUGCUGAUUGCACCGAACCUUUGAUUCAAAACCAAGCUUGCAGAAAUAGCCCAUGCCCAAUGCUGACGAUGUGGAGCCAGUGGACUGCCUGCAGUGAGGAAUGCGACUCGAGAAUGGGAGUGACAACACGGGAACGAACCUGCGAGCACGGUAUGAUUGGAGAAGAUGGAUGCGACGAGUCCGCCUAUCAAUCUCAAUUCUGCAACCAGGAUGUCCCCUGCCCAUCUUGGGGCUCCUGGAGCGCAUGGACGGCCUGUCGCGAGAUUUCGCAAAACAUUUUCGCGCACUCCCGAACUCGAAGCUGCGUAAAUGGCCCACUCGGAUCGCGAGAAUGCCCCGUUGACGGAGCCGACCAAGAAGCUCCCUGCGACUCGGAAUUCUGCGCACAGACACAAGUCGGUGGCGUCAGUGAUGACAACGAGGUGUACAUUCCUCGAGGAGCCGCAACUUCUGUUUUGAUCAGUUUUACCUCUUUCCUUCUCGCACUUUUCUUGUAA